AUGAGGGGAAAUCAACUGCCCAAUCCAGUCUUGAUUCUAUUUUUCCUGCUUCUUCCCAGAGAUGCUUCCACUGCUUCAAAACCGCAGUAUCUGGUGCUGGUCCCAUCAGAGCUGUACACUGGGGUCCCUGAGAAGGCUUGUGUCAUGCUUAAUCACCUGAAUGAGACGGUGACACUGAACAUAAUUCUGCAUUAUGGAAUGCAGAUCAGAACCCUCCUCACAGACCUGGUGACAGAGAAGAACUCCUUCUACUGCAGCCCGUUCACUGUCAGUAUGGCUCCUCGGGAUAUGGAAGCUCGGUUGAUUACUGUGGAGGUGAAGGGGCCAACCCAGCAGUUCAUAAAGAGGAAAAGAGUGCACAUCACAAAAGUCGACAGCCUCAUCUUUGUCCAAACAGACAAACCCAUCUACAAACCAGGACAAACAGUGAGAUUCCGCGUUGUCUCUGUGGAUGUCAAUUUUCACCCUUUGAAUGAAACGUUCCCAGUGGUUUAUAUUGAGAAUCCCAAGAGGAACCGAAUUUUCCAAUGGCAAAGUCUCAGAUUGCAAGGAGGACUCAGCCAGCUCUCCUUCCCACUCUCAGUGGAGCCCACUCUGGGUACUUAUAAGGUCAAUCUGCGGAAGGAGUCAGGGGAAAAAAUAGAGCACCCCUUUGAAGUGAAUGAAUAUGUCUUGCCCAAAUUUGAGGUCCAAGUGAAAAUGCCCAAGACUAUUGGUUUUCUAGAGGAAGAAUUUACGGUAUCCGUCUGUGCCCUAUACACAUAUGGAAAGCCUGUCUCUGGUCUGGUGACAAUUAAUGUAUGCAGAAAAUACUCACAACAGCGUUAUGCCUGCCAUGGAAGACAUUCACAAAAUACCUGUGAAGAAUUCAGUCAACAGGCAGACAGUGAAGGCUGUUUCACACAACUCGUGAAGACUAAGGUAUUCCAACUGAGACAGAAGGGAUAUAACAUGAGCAUACAAGUGGAAGCCAAAGUCAAAGAGGAUGGAACAGAGUUGGAAUUAACUGGGCAUGGAUCAUGUGAAAUCACAAAUACCUUAAGCAAACUGAAAUUUACAAAAGCGGAUACACAUUAUAGGCAUGGUCUCCCUUUUUUGGGGCAGGUUAUUCUAGUUGAUGAGAAGGAUCAACCAAUCCCCAAUAAAACUGUAGUCAUCAGGGUAGAUGUAACUGCAUACCGUUCCAGCCUUACCACAAAUGAGCACGGUCUGGUGAACAUUUCCAUUGAUACCACCAACUUCACAUCUUCUCUCUUUACAGUUACGGUCACUUACAAAGAGAAUAACCUCUGUUUUGAUAACUGGUGGCUUGAAGAAUUUCAUGCACAAGCACAGCACACUGUAAAGCAUAUUUUCUCCCCAAGCAAGAGUUAUGUUUACCUUGAACUUGUUGGUGGUACCAUGACCUGUGGACAAAUCCAGGAUAUCCGGGCACAUUACAUCCUGAAUGGACAGAUUCUGAAGGACGAAAAAGAAUUAACUUUCUAUUAUUUGAUCAAAGCAAGAGGAAGCAUCUCCCAAUCGGGAAGCCAUGUUUUGUCCAUUGAACAAGGAGACAUGAAAGGGGUAUUUUCCUUCUCCUUUCGAGUGGACUCAGACAUCGUUCCUGCUGCCCGGUUGCUGGUUUAUGCUAUUUUACCCAGUGGAGAAAUUGUCGCCGAUACUAAGAAACUCGAGAUUGAAAACUGUUUUGCCAAUAAGGUAAAUUUGAGUUUCUCCGAAGCCCAGAGCCUGCCAGCCUCACACAACAACCUGGAGGUCACGGCCACUCCUCACUCCCUCUGUGCCCUCCGUGCCGUAGACCAGAGUGUUCUGCUGAUGAAGCCUGAAGCUGAGCUCUCCCCUCAGUCGGUCUAUGACUUGCUACCAGUAAAGAGUGUCUCUAGCGUUGGAUAUGGAGGUCCCCUGACCAAAGAUGAUGAGCAAUGUAUCAUUGCAGAAGACAUAAUUCACAAUGGAAUCGUUUACACACCAAAACAGAUCCUGGAUGAUGAAGAUGUUUACAGUAUUUUUGAGUCUGCAGGAUUAAAUAUUUUUACCAACUCAAAAGUCCACAAGCCGCAUUGUCAGCUGCUUCUGCCACGUCCAGGAAUGCCUAUGGCCUAUUCGGGAAGUAACGUAGCUGUCCGGAGCAGCUCGUUACCAGAGAAAGAAAAACAAAAUUCUGUGUACAGAAAAAAGAGUACUGUGCUAAGAGCAAAGGGACCUGUUCUCAUCACAUUCCUGCAUGUCUUUCCUCUAGCACGUGGUAUUGCAGGACCAGUUUAUCCAAUGUUCCCCAGAGAGAAUCUUCCAGCCGUGGAAGUGAAAGAGACAGUCCGGAAGUACUUCCCUGAGACCUGGAUCUGGGACUUGGUGCCACUCGAUUCAUCAGGUAGAAAUGAGUUGGCAGUGAAUGUCCCUGACACCAUCACGGAGUGGAAGGCCAGCGCACUCUGCUUGUCCGGGUCGACAGGGCUGGGUCUCUCUCCCGUCAUCUCUCUUCAAGUGUUCCAGCCCUUCUUCCUGGAACUCACUCUCCCCUACUCUGUGGUGCGAGGAGAAGCCUUUACGCUCAAAGCCACCGUGUUCAACUAUUUGUCCCAUUGCAUUCGGGUCAGCUGGCAGCUGGAAGCCUUUCCUGACAAGUCAGCGGACCUAGCGAAAAAGAAUGAAGAAACUCCCUGUGUCUGUGCAAAUAGGCAGAAAACUAUGUCCUGGUCUGUGACCCCAAAGUCACUGGGAAAGGUGAAUUUCACAGCUACUGUGGAAGCCCUGCAGUCUCAGGAAUUGUGUGGCAACAAGGUGCCAAGAGUCCCAGCACUUGGACAGAAGGAUACCGUAAUCAAGCCCUUAUUAGUUGAGCCUGAAGGAAUAGAAAAGGAAGAAACUUUCAACACACUCCUCUGUGCAUCAGAAACUGGUGUAUCUGAAAAGUUGUCACUAAAAGUUCCUUCAGAUGUGGUUGAAGGAUCUGCCAGGGCGACAUGUUCGGUUUUGGGUGACAUAUUAGGCUCUGCAGUGCAAAAUCUUCAUAAUCUUCUCCAGAUGCCGUAUGGUUGUGGAGAGCAAAAUAUGGUCCUUUUUGUCCCUAACAUCUAUGUUCUGAACUAUCUGAAUGAGACACGACAGCUGACAGAGACUAUCAAGUCCAAAGCCAUCAGCUACCUCAUCAGUGGGUACCAAAGGCAGUUGAAUUAUAAGCACAGUGAUGGUUCAUACAGCACCUUUGGGGAUCAUAAUGGCAGAAGUCAGGGAAACACUUGGCUCACUGCAUUUGUGCUCAAGUCCUUUGCUCAAGCCCGGUCGCACAUUUUUGUGGAGAUGUCACACAUCACCAGUGCCCUCACCUGGCUCGCACAGAGACAGAAGGAAAAUGGUUGUUUCCAGCGCUCCGGAUCACUGCUAAACAAUGCUAUUAGGGGUGGGGUAGAUGAUGAACUGACGCUCUCUGCCUACAUCACCAUUUCUCUGCUGGAGGUGCCACUACCUGUCACUCACCCUGUUGUCCGCAAUGCUCUGUUCUGCCUGGAAAAUGCCUGGGGAUCCAUCUCAGAGGCCCAAGGAAGUCUUGUCUAUACGAAGGCAUUAUUGGCCUAUGCCUUUGCCCUAGCAGGAAAGCAGGCCAAGCGAAGUGAGCUUCUUGAAUCGUUGGACAAAGACGCUGUGAAAGAAGAGGACUCAAUCCACUGGCAGCGUCCUGGGAAAGUUGAAGACGUUACGACAUUCUGUUAUCAACCCCGGGCUCCUUCUGUUGAAGUGGAGAUGACUUCGUACUUGCUCCUUGCCUAUCUUACUGCUUGGCCAGCCCCAUCUUCAGAAGACCUGUCUGUGGCCUCACGUAUUGUGAAAUGGAUCAUCAAGCAACAAAACCCCAAUGGGGGCUUCUCCUCCACUCAGGAUACUGUGGUAGCUCUCCAAGCCCUGUCCAAAUAUGGAGCAGCAACUUUCAGUAAAAGGGAGAAAGCAACUGUAGUCACUGUCAAGUCUUCAGAGAAGUUCUUUGAAGAAUUCCAAGUCCACGAUGCCAAUCGCCUGUUGCUGCAGGAGGUCGGGUUGCCAGAGAUUCCAGGGGAGUACAGCACGACCGUGUCAGGGUCAGGAUGUGUGUAUCUCCAGACAUCCUUGAGAUAUAACAUCCUGCCCAAGAAAGAAGGGAAAGUCCCCUUCACUCUGAAGGUUGAUACUCUCCCCAAGAAUUGUGAUGGAGUACAUGCUCACAGGAAAUUCCAGAUUCACAUCAACAUUAGUUACACCGGGGAACGACCAAGCUCCAACAUGGUCAUUGUUGACGUGAAGAUGGUAUCAGGCUUCAUACCUACGAAAUCAUCCGUGAGAAAGCUCCAAGAAAAGCCUCAGAUUCAAAGGACUGAAGUGAGCACCAACCAUGUCCUGAUUUACUUUGAAGAGCUAACCAAUCAAACUCUGAGUUUCUCCUUCUCAGUGGAACAAGACAUCCAAGUUGACAAUUUAAAACCAGCUACUGUAAAAGCCUAUGAUUAUUACGAAACAGAGGAAUUCACUAUUGAAGAAUACAGGGAUCCCUGCAGUGCUGAAUCUGAACACAGAACUGCUUGAAAAUGGAAACUUGUGGACCUCAUCAGAUGAUCUUCUCCAGGAACGAAGGACAAAGACUCAUCAGGAGAGGGAAGAUAGUGGGAGAAAGAGGGGACAGGAAUUGGAAAUAUAUAAAAUU